GUCAAAGUUUUUUUUUGUCCAUUUACAUACGCGAUUCGGAUUUUUCUGUAAGCAACAAGUUUUACCCAAGAAUUUGCCCUUUUCCCGUGUUUUUGCCGCAUUAACGUGUGUAUUUUACGUGUCGCCGCAUUCCGUACUGUUGGCAGGUAGGGAAAAGCAAGCGGAUAAACGCAUCACAGGCGUAACGGUGCGCGCGGGAGCAGCAGCGUCCCGCGAAUUUUCGUAGUGAAAAACCAAAACCCACCCACCACUCCCGGUAGCGGAGGAGGAACGCAAUACUAACAACCGAACCCGCACCGCAUCAUGGACAAUCUGGAUCAGCUUGCCGACGACGAGCUGCGGCUCCGGCUGGUGCAAUACGGCUUUCCGAACCUACCGGUAACGUCGACAACGCGCAAAAUAUUGAUCAAAAAGCUUCGCCACCAUAUCGAUUCCGAGAAUCAGAAGCUGCGCCGGGAGUCAUCGAAAGCGGCACGGUACAGUUCCGGGGAGGAAUCGGACGGUAACGAUGGCCGAAAGACGACGACGGCCGCACAGCGAAAAAUUUACUCCGCCAAUAUGACGCGAAGUCAGCGUGCAACCGUAGCAGGUCCGGCUGCUGGAAUGGGAAGUUCCGUAUCGAUGCCUCCACCAGCGCCGACGAGCGUCGUCCGGUCAAGUAUGACGCGCGUCCCAAUAAGCAUAUCAUCAAUACCAUCAUCAGCGUCUACGCCGCAUAGUGUUAGCAGCAGCAGCAGCAGUAGCAAUAAUAAUUUUGCGGGAGCGAAUGGUGCCGGACCCAAUCAUCAUCGUAGCAAUAAGAGUUUAUCCCAUUCGCCACCGAUUGGCAGCACAGUAUACAUCUCGCCGCUCAUUGUGCACGAUAGCGAGGAGGAGGACUAUUCCCCUACGUUACGCGCGGGUGUAAGAGGUGGCGGUGAAUCUUUUUUACGAAACCUUGGCAGUACAUCAUCGACGCCUGCUUCGCACAGUUCGUUGUUUCGGAAGACGGCCCUAGCAACUGGCAACAUUACACCGCCCUCGGCCAACAGCAGCAUGUACAGCAACAUCGGUGGUGGUGCGGACAAUAACAGCAGCGGCGGAGGGAGUGGCCUGCUGAACGACUCCAACGGAUCGAACGGUGCCGGUACGGGUGAUGUGCCGUACGUGAGCGAGUACACGAAGCGCUUGAUGCAGUUGCGCGGCGAAACGGUUUCCCAGGAGAACUACAACAGUGCCAUCGGUGGCAUUAUUGGACGUCGGAGUGUGACUAACAAUAUGCCGCCCUCUCAACGAUACAGUGCCGCUUCCAGUCACCUGCACGCGAUACGAACGAACCAUCAGCAGCUACCAUCGGCAGCCGGGGGAGGAAUAGGUGGUGGUGCAGUAGGGGGAAUUCUGCACCAUCCGAUGCGCACAGGUCAUCCGCAUCUGUUGAACAGUAAAGGUGCACCGGGUACGACAUCGUCUCCUCUGGGCAACUCUGGUUCGAUUAUCGCAGGCAAUCACAUCCGCCAGCGAUACAGCCGGCUGUCGGGAACUAGCGAGUUCAACGAAAACGAUAUAGUGACACACGCACAACCAGCACCGGAACCACCGGGCAUCCCGUUCCGCGUGGCGAUAGGCAACUUCAUCUCCAGGCUGGACGAACACUACGGCUUCAAACAAACGUUCAUCCCCUGUGCUCUGCUCGGCCUGUUGGGGAUGUUUCUCUUUUCGGUGAUAUUCAUGUACUUGACCAUCAGCACCGAUCUGGCCAGUACUCUAAACUCGAUUGACACGCGGUACCAGGUAUGUGAGGGUGAUGUGCACGGACUGGCGGCCACCGGUUGCGUCUUUGCCACGGACGUUGAGCCUGCCCUGGAGCUGCUGAAGCUUAUCGGCAACGAACUGAAGGCACGCGUUGAACAGCACCACUGCCGGCGGGACGAUAAAGCGCCCGUUUCUGGACUGAUGUCUGCCGGGGAGGUCCUCAAGUAUGCCAAGGAACACUCGCCAUCUGUUCUGAUACCACAGCUGUCGCGACACCUGCACGCAAUGGAGUAUCUCAUCGACCGCAACCCGCAGUGGCACAUUGACCAUUGCGAUGCAAACGGAGAACGGAUCACGUAUGAUGGUGUGCUGGAAAGGCGUUCUACUCGCACGAAUCACUUCACCAUUCUCAACCCGAAGCUACCCUUCACGUGUACGCUGUACAACAAGUUCCAAAAGUUCUUCGUGAUCGUUGGUGCGUUGGCGCUGGUGGCGAUCCUCGCAUUUGCCGGCAACUACUUCUUCAAGUUCGUGCUGUACGUAAAACAGAAGCGCCGUGAUCAGGUAAAUCGGUUAAUUAGCGAGAUCAUACAUGCGGUUAGUCAGGCGGCAGUGAAUGCGUCCGAGGCGGCCAACAAGGAUGGAACGACCGGCGCACAGCAGGCGGGAGUUGUUAUCAAUCAUCUGCGCGAUCGCCUGCUAGAGAUGCCGAAUCGGCGCAAGCUUUCGUGGGCAUGGAACGAAGCGCUGGGCUUUUUGGAACAGCACGAAAGUCGCAUCGCGUUCGAGGUAGCUACGAUUGGCGGAGAGGACUUCAAGAUAAUGCGCUGGAUCGAUAGUGUCCCGUUGGUAAGCGGUGUAAGUGGUGCAGGAUCCGGUAGUCCUGGUGCUUCCCGACUGGGCGCGGGAUCUUCCGGCAGCAGUUCCACGGCCAAGAAGUGGCAAGGUCCGGCGUUCGAUAAUAGCAAUAAGAUACACGAUCCACCGACACCUUGCCUCAAGAUUCGGCAAAUGUUCGACAAGUACGAGGUGAAUGAUCCAAACCUGAAGACGAUCGUGCAGGACGCAAUUCUGGAGAAGUUGGGCGGUCGAUGUAAGAUCUACGAUAUUCAGCUCGACCGAAGCAGCUGCUGCGUGUACGUGCGAUGUGCCUCGGCAAAGGAUGCCGGUAUCGUGCACGACGAGAUCAAUGGCUGGUGGUUCGACAAUCGGUUGGUGUCAAUCAAGUUUCUCCGGCUCGAACGAUACCUGCAGCGGUUCCCACGCUCACUCGCUGGACCGGUCUGUCUGAAGCCAUCGAAUAAGAACAACGCGUCCAUGAGUCAUCAACUGGCGCUCAACAGUAACAACGGUGGCCCGGCUGGACGUUACUCGACUAAUGGUAGCAGAGGAGGCAAUCGAGAUGAUCUCGACACCGAUCCCGAAGAGUACGAUGAGGGGGAAGGCGAAGAGGACGGCGAGGAGGAAGAGGACGAAGAGGAGCUGGUAGCAGCGGCAGCUAGAGCCGGUACUAACAAUCGCCACAGUGUGUCCGGUAAUGGACGACGUUCCGGGCGACAGGAACAGCACGAAGAUGAAGAAAACGACGAGUAGAGUACGGAUCCUUCCUACCGGGUGGAAGAUAUUAAUCAUCACUAACACAAAUAACAAGCGCAUACGGAUACGAGGUGAAAUGGGCAAUCGUGUGUGCUGAAGAGGUGACCAGAAAAGAUUAGGAUCUUCGGUCCAGCUUCUUGCUAGAUCAUCCUACUGCUCACUCUCACGCACCUCUUCAAAGCCGAUCAACCGCGUUUCCCCUGCACAGCUUCCUAUUCGGAACCCCCUUUUUUGCCAUUUAUAUCAUUUAUCGCGUCCCUGUGUCCCCCUACCCUUAAAUCCCGUUUUAUAUGUUAAAAGUUUUGUUUUACACUCACAUCUUUCUUUACCUAACUGCAUAGAAGAGCGUUUCGCGCAAAUAAUAAUACUGUUUGGAUUGUUAUUUUUAACAAAAAAAUAAAGGCUCCAAAAUCAACAAACACAAAA